UUCGUUUUCGGCAUUUAGAAAUAAUCAUCAUUAAUUAUGUCGUUAGCGUCCAAGCUAACUCUCGCAGGCUGUACUGUGGUAUCUGUGACAAUUAUUGGAUACGUUCAUUUAAAGCAACAAUUUGAUCGUGAACAAAUGCACUCUGGAGUUGUCAAAGAUUUGGAAAGACAAAGGCAGAAAAGGAUUCAAAAUUUAUACUUACUUACUCAGCAAGAGGAACUUGCUCAUCACCUUAAAAAAGACUUGAUGCUGGAUAAGAAUAAAUUGGAAAGAGUUGACUUGACUACUUAA